UGGACGCAGGGCCGGCCCCUCUCCCGCCUCCCGCCAAUGACGGCCGGGCCCGUCAGCGCGCGCGUCACGGGGCGGUGCCAAGAUGGCGAAGGUGUCGGAGAUGUACGACGUGACUUGGGAAGAUAUGCGUGAUAAAAUGAGGAAAUGGAGGGAAGAAAACUACCGAAACAGUGAACAGAUAGUGGAUGUUGGAGAAGAGUUAAUUAAUGAAUAUGCAUCUAAACUUGGAGAUGACAUUUGGAUAAUUUAUGAACAGGUGAUGAUUGCUGCCCUGGACUGCAGUCGAGAUGAUCUGGCAUUGUUUUGUCUUCAGGAACUAAGGCGGCAGUUUCCUGGGAGCCACAGAGUUAAACGAUUAACUGGAAUGCGAUUUGAAGCUAUGGAAAGGUAUGAUGAUGCUAUCCAGUUAUAUGAUAGAAUUUUACAAGAAGAUUCAACUAAUACAGCAGCAAGAAAGCGUAAGAUUGCCAUUCGAAAAGCCCAGGGGAAGAAUCUCGAGGCCAUCCGAGAGCUGAAUGAGUAUCUGGAACAAUUUGUUGGAGACCAAGAAGCUUGGCAUGAACUUGCAGAGCUUUACAUCAAUGAACAUGACUAUGCAAAGGCAGCCUUCUGCUUAGAGGAGCUUAUGAUGACUAAUCCACACAACCACUUAUAUUGUCAGCAAUAUGCUGAAGUUAAAUACACUCAAGGGGGUCUUGAAAACCUUGAGCUAUCAAGAAAGUAUUUUGCACAAGCACUGAAGCUUAACAACAGAAAUAUGAGAGCUCUGUUUGGACUUUACAUGUCUGCCAGUCAUAUUGCUUCCAAUCCAAAAGCAAGUGCAAAAAUGAAAAAGGAUAAUAUGAAAUAUGCCAGCUGGGCAGCAAACCAAAUAAACAGAGCAUACCAGUUUGCAGGUCGCAGUAAGAAAGAAACUAAAUACUCUUUGAAGGCAGUGGAAGACAUGUUGGAGACCCUGCAAAUCACUCAGUCUUAGUUUGGCACAGAGAUCCAAUAUGAAAUUUUUCAAUAUUGUGCUCAACCUGUGGGUUAUGUUACUGUAGUGCUGUUAAAAGUUAAUUUUGUAUUGAUUAACAUCCUAUAUAAGAUAACAUUUUAUGAAAAGUAAAAUGCCUAUUUAUUGCUGCUAUAAGAAAUAUGAUGAAUACCCACUGAAAUGAAUAACUUUAUCCACGUAGAAAACAUAAAGAAAUUACAUGCUGCACAUCAUUUUCUUCAGAUUUUUUGUACCUACAGUACCUGCUUCUAAGCCAUAAUUUGUAGAAAUAAACUUGUUAAAUGAUUUAAAAAAAUAGUGAUUUAUUGGUCUUGCAAAUGAAAAUUAUGAAUUUAUAUAUGUAGAUUAAUAACAUAUGUUAAACACUUUUGUCUUAUUUGCAUAUUUAAGAGUAAAAGCAUGCUGCUGAUAUGCAUUUUCUGGAAAAUGUUUACCAUGCAGCAAUGAGUGAUUAUGAACGCAGUAUAGUAGAGAAAAAAAAAAGUUCAUGUUAACGGUUUUCUUAAUGAGUUGAUAUCCAGUACUGUAGAAAAGGAGAAAACUUGCUUGUGUACUUGGCUCCAGAGGUGCUCUUGUACUGGCUUAUGGCCAAAGACAUUUUUCUCUGUGGUUUUGUGGGCAAAUGCUUCCAUGUCCGUGUAAUUCUCCACUCAGUAUAUGCAUAUGCAGUUUUUUUAUUCCUUCUCCGUGUCCUUUGUUGCACAUAUGUUCCACAUCCUGAAUUUCAAAACCACCUGAAUGCAAGUCUGCAUGUGCUUGUCUGUACUCAUUCUGUGCCUGUGGUCUGGGCACCCCUUCACUGUGGGGUAGCUGGUGCAUUAUCUCCACAGUAACCCGGGGGAACUGCACUGUGAGGAUGAGAUGAGACAGCUUGUUCAACUGCCUUGUACUGACUGGAGGAUAGCGUUUGUCACACCAUCAGCAUGUAGCAUCUAGCACACUGUAAAUCCAUACUGUGUUUGUCUUUGGGCACUGGUUUAUUUACUCAGAUAAUUAGUCAGACACCCUAAUUCAUGCAUUUUGCAGUUCUGAUCAUUCUGGAUGUUGUUCAGAUGUGUACUGUGGCAAUUCAGUUGCACAGCUAUCAUCUCAUUUAUUACAGCUUCAGUAAGAUUGCAUAACAGCAGCAACAUACCCUCGGCAAAUUCUAAUAAAAAUAUUGCAAUGUAGUUUUCAUGACUGUCACCAUCAUGAUUUGACUUUUAGAUUUUAUACUGCCUGCUCUAUAUAGAUGGGUAGGUUAAAGGCUAUAUACCAAAAUGUCCUUUUUAUGAUCCUGGACUCAAUGUAGUGAAACAAAGCUGAGCUCCUUCAUAAAGCAGCAACAAAACUUUCUUUGUUAGUUCAAAGCUUGGAAAUGUGUGUAACUCACCUGGUUGUUGCCUGAGACUGAGCCUUUAAGAAACACCUAAGAUCUCACUCCUGUUGUCCAUAAAGUAGGUUGGAGUAUGAUAGUGUGACAGGACGGGUGCUAUGCCAUGGGAAUUAAUUGUAUGUGGAAUCUUAAAUUAACCGAAUUCACUACUGUUGAAAUACAAAACUGCAAAUACUGCAUAGUAUUAUAUUAAAUCAUCCAAUUCUAACCUGGGGGAAUAGUGCAGAUCCUUUCUAUAAUAAUAAUUCACAAACAGAUCUCAGAAUGGUAUUUGUGGCUAGAUUAUAUAUAUUUUGGGUGGAAAACCAAGGAAGCAUAUGUAAGCCUGUGUAUUUCUGUUCAGACUUGUAGUCUUUGACUGUAGGAGUGUGCCAUCUAGAGUUUUAGGCCCUCAUAGGUGUUUUUUUCUCUUUUACCUACAUCACAUGUAACUUGGUUGCAUUAUAAAAUUAAAAAUGGUGUGAAGCUGUACUGAAGACUGAAGCAGUGCAUAACAUUUUACCUCCAAGGUAUUAAAAAACAGCAGUGCAGUAUUUUUGUACAGCUGGCAUCUGUGCUGCUGGAAUGUGUUGUACAUGUUUUAUUCAGAGGCAACUUUUAAUAUAACAAUGUCAGACUUGGUUAUGUAGUAUAUCAGUUUCUCUGUAAGAAAAUUUGUUCUGUUUCUUGUUUUCAGUGAUUUGAUGAAAAAUUUCAUGUCGUUUGGCUGCUUAGAACCUUUUCGCUACUGCUUAUCAUCUUUUGAAAUUACUAUUUAGCACUCUGAUUUGUGAGUGUAUUUUGGCAUAAUUUCCAGAUAGUAGAGCUUACAAGUUGACCUUGCUAAUAUUUCUGACAAAUUCAAGUUUACUUCAAAGGUAAAAUAAAUUACUCCUAUGAAAAUGCGUGGGCAGUCUCUGAUACAAUUAUAUAAUUGAAGCAAUGAAAGUUGAGGGUCUUUUCCAUAUUCAAAUUAAAAAAAAAAAAUUAGCUUCUGUCUGCAUAGGAAAUAACUGUAUGAAAUGCCAUGCAGUCUCAGCAAGCAAGGAGCUUGCUGAGAAGGGAAGUUGUGAUAUAAUAUGAUUUUUGUAAAAGUAAUUUUCCAGUUCUAGUAUACCAUUUUGUAAUGUCACUGUGUUGCAUUAAAAAAUAGGUUUUCAAAGAAUGGGUUACUUAAUUAACAAAUGAACUUGAUUAUAUUUUUGUAUUGUGCUCUGACAGUGACAAAUGCCACACAAAAAAUUUAUUAUCAAGCAUGCAGUCUCCUCAUUCCAAAAUAAAAGGCUAUGUUUUCAUAUUGUUUCAGUUGACAGCAGAAACUUGGGACCUUUGCAAUACCAGACUGUCUAGCGAGGACUUGCGUCUUUAUUUCUUUGCUCGUACUUUGAUAAUGGGCUUGAUAGCAAGAGCUUAGUGUUACCCAAUGAAGUAAAGGUCAUUGAAGAGCCACCAAAACCUCAGAUUCUGCCCUUGUGAUGCAAGUUACUGGUGACUUAAAAACAUUUUGUCCAAAUGUUAUACAAUUCAUAUUAUGUAGCUGCAAAAAGCACAUCUUGUUUAGAAUAUAUCCCUAAAUCUCUUCAGAUCAGUGCCCAGAAUAUCUUGCAGUUGCUAUUGGAAACUCUGUUAUUAGUCAACGGAGGACUUCCUCUUGGCAGUGCUGUAUUUUUAAUGGCAUCCAUGUUUGCUAGUCACUGCAUUUACAGUGGAACUUGUAUUUCAGCCAGCCUUAGAAGGGAGGGGAAAAGGAAAGCAAAUUAAACUUGACUUACUGGCAUGAAUUUCUUAGCUUCUUGUUACUUGCACUCUCAUCUUCCAAGAACACCAACUGUAGCUGCAGUCAGGUUUGCAAUAAUAAUUCUUUUUGUAACUCAAGAGCUUCUGUAUAUUCAACUCUAAAACCAACACUCCAUUAAAAUCUAAACCAUGCAGAUUCCAGUGAAAUGGUGCUAUGUGAUGUGCACGUACCCCUGUAUGCAGGAAAGGACUACUCCCACCCUCCCUCAAGUUGGUGUCAGAGUGGAGGAGCAUUAGAACAGUUCUGGAGUGUGGUUUUGUCUAGAAAAUUAAUACUACUUAAUAUGCUUCAAAAUAUUGCUUAGUACUUCCAUUGUUCAGUGCAUGAAUAGAAUUUUAGGACUAACUGUUGCUUAACUACAGAUGCUUGAGUCUAUGUGGAGAAUAAAGUACUUGAAAUAGU